CACUCAACCCGCAGUUCAGCCCAGUAAUCAGCUGUCAACUAACCAAUAUUUAUUUUCAUUGUGGCAAUUUUCGUGAUACAUUUUCUUGAAAUUUAUCUGAUUCCUAGGUAAUUUCACAGUGAAAUGACAAGCCAAUCCACAGGGAUUCAGCAGCUUCUCUCUGCUGAGAAAAAGGCAGCAGAAAAGGUUUCGGAAGCUAGGAAACGUAAAGCAAAGCGUUUGAAGCAAGCUAAAGACGAGGCAGUAGAGGAGAUCGAGAAAUACCGCGCCGAACGUGAACGUUUACUGAAGGAAUAUGAAGCUAAGUACAUGGGAUCAAGAGAGGGAGUUGCUUUGAAAAUUGAUGCUGAUACGCGGGAUAAAAUGGAAGAAAUAAAAACUGCAGUAGAAACUCGUAAAGAUUUAUUGAUUAACGAUCUUUUAGAUCUAGUCUACAACAUAAAAUCUGAUGUGCACAGAAACUUUUCCAAGAAGUAAAUAGUUGGAAAGCAGUAGCAUGGAAGAAGCCAAAACACUGUUAUCACACCCAAAGAUUUAUUUUUCAAUUGAUAUUCAAAUCGGAAUACUCAAAUUUUUGUAGUUAACGAAUUUAGUACUUGUUUUAGUCGAAUUAUAUUGCUUGUAUCUGCAGACUCAAAUAUUUUAUCCAGUCUAAAGAUACUCUUAGCUUGAACCUACAUACAUUAUGUGAACAUUUAACGUUAAAACUAAUUCUUUAGAAAACUGGAAAAUUAACUAGUCAGUAUGCACAAUUAUAACGAGUGUUUUAAUAAAAGAC